AUGGUAAAGUCGAUAGGUCAGGUUGCAAAAUGGAUUUUACGGAAUACUAUCGAAUCCAAGCAAAGUCUAACACCUGAACUCAGACUAUGUCUGAUCACAGAGGCAAGUCCUUUGUGGAGAGCUAGGCCAGAAAUGUGCCCUUUCGCCGACCCAUAUUGGGCAUUUUACUGGCCAGGUGGGCAGGCAGUCACCAGGUAUAUUCUCGAUAAUUCGGAACUGUUUUCGGAUGCAAAUGUCCUGGACUUUGGCUGCGGUUGUGGUUCCGCUAGUAUAGCGGCAUCUAAGGCAGGGGCAACAGUAAUAGCUAAUGAUAUCGAUUCAAAUGCCCUUGUAUCCACUUUAAUCAACUAUCGUAGAAACGGUGUGUCGACAAAGCGAACACGAUUUGUCAGUGAUAAUCUACUUGAUCCAUGUCAAGAAAGUCUCUUAUUGCAAUUCCUACAGACUGACACUUCCUUCAUAAUACUGGGCGACAUGUUUUAUGAUACAGAUUUUGCAGAACAGUUAUUUGGUUGGUUAAAAAGAUUGAAAGAAGUGACAGCUGUGCGAGUUCUAGCUGGUGACCCUAAUCGACAUCCUCUGGCUAAUGACCAACUGGAGAGGUACACCAUAAAGGUCCAGAAGCGGUUACUCGCGGAAUAUCAGCUGCCUGACUGCGUGAAAAGAGAACACUACGGAUUCAACACGGGAAACGUCUAUGAACUAGAGCGAUUUAUUUCUACAUAA